AUGGAUGCACGACAUUUCUCGGUCAUUUUCAUCACCACACUAAUAGUGGAUGAUGUGCUGACGCUAAAUCAUUCUGUUGUCAACACAACGCUCGGAAGAAUGCGUGGUUUUCAGGAAAACAUUCUCAAUAAAACUAUGGACGUUUUUUACGGGAUUCCGUUCGCGAAACCGCCAAUCGGCGAUCUGCGGUUCAGGCGUCCCGAGGAACUUCCUCCAUGGGGUGACAGCAUCAAGGAUAUGCUGGAAAUGAAGGCCUCCUGUUUACAGCCACCCACGCAGUCUCUACAACCACCCACUUCUCAUUUCGCGGACGCAGAAAAUCUGCGAGUGGAUACGUCCAACAAGAGCGAGGACUGUCUCUACUUGAAUAUCUGGGCUCCUCAUUCAGCUGAAAACAAAAUAGCCACUUUGGUAUGGAUACACGGCGGGGCUUUUUACUCCGGGUCAGCUAAUGUCAAGAUGUAUGACGGGACGUAUUUGGCCGCUGCUAAUGAUGUUAUUAUCGUGGCGUUGAAUUAUCGCCUGGGCCCGUUCGGGUUUCUUUACACUGGAAGCGACGAUGCCCCUGGGAACCAGGGCUUGCUGGAUCAGACCGCAGCCUUGAAGUGGAUUCACUCCAACAUAGAACAGUUUGGCGGAAACAGGAAUAAAAUCACCUUAUUUGGCGAAAGCGCUGGAUCCGUUAUGGUCAACCACCAUCUUUUCUCUCCCCUUUCACGUAAUUACUUCACGUCCGCCAUCAUGGAAAGUGGAUCAACUUUGGCAGAAUUUGUCAUCGCCAACCCGUCUGUGGCGAAAAAAGAAGCAACGAAGUUGGCCACGCUUGUUGGAUGUAAGAAGCAGACGACAGAACAGGAAGUUGCGUCAUGUCUAAGACGGACUGACCCGAGGCUAAUUAUCAAAAAUAUGUUCGCCGCCUCCUCCUCGCCGUUUCCAUUCGCACCAACAGUGGAUGGCCAGUUUCUUCCAGAUCACCCGAGAGCAAUGCUGAAGCGCGGCAAUAUAAAGAAUGCCAGGGAUCGAGCAAUCCUCCUAUCUUUCAACUUCUUUCGCUGUCCACCUGCACAUCCCAGUCCUUGUCUCUUGAACAGCGGCAUGAGCUCGUCUCCUGGGACUAUCCGUGCCACACACCUGCCAUUCCCCAUCAGCUUUUAGCGGUGGGCUUAGCCUGACCCUUUAGUGGUCCGACGAAAGACCGAAAUGGACCGACGAAACACCGAAAGGGACCGAAAUGGAUCGAAGAAACACCGAGAAUGACCAACAUUUUAUCCAGAAGUUGUAAUAUCUUGUUGUAAAGAACUUCGAGUCUUUUCAUAUCGUUUCAGGCCUCACGCGAGAUCAAAAUCAUAGAGCGAAGUCACUCCUCUCUCAAACUUUAGAGAGGGCGAAGUUUUUAACAGCAGGGAGACUUGAAUUUUUAAUCCUAAAUAAAAUACGCAAAACGAAGUUAUCUUAAUACAGGUGUAACUUUUACAAUCUGUAUUU